CCGGAGAGCCCAGACCCGACGGCCGCCGGCUCCACGCACCCAGAGAGCGAGCGCCUUCUCCGCACCAGGGAAGCCCCACCACCAACUGAAGCCAAGAUGUCCAGCAAACGGGCCAAGGCCAAGACCACCAAAAAGAGGCCACAGCGGGCCACAUCCAACGUCUUCGCGAUGUUUGACCAGUCCCAGAUCCAGGAGUUUAAGGAGGCCUUCAACAUGAUUGACCAGAACCGUGACGGCUUCAUUGACAAGGAGGACCUGCAUGACAUGCUGGCCUCGAUGGGGAAGAACCCCACGGACGAAUACCUGGAGGGCAUGAUGAGCGAGGCCCCGGGGCCCAUCAACUUCACCAUGUUCCUAACCAUGUUCGGGGAGAAGCUGAACGGCACAGACCCAGAGGACGUGAUCCGCAACGCCUUUGCCUGCUUCGACGAGGAGGCCUCAGGUUUUAUCCAUGAGGACCACCUACGGGAGCUGCUCACCACCAUGGGUGACCGCUUCACAGACGAGGAGGUGGACGAGAUGUACCGCGAGGCACCCAUUGAUAAGAAAGGCAACUUCAACUACGUGGAGUUUACCCGCAUCCUCAAACAUGGUGCCAAGGACAAAGAUGACUAGGCCACCCCAGCCCUCCCAAUGCCCAGGCCACCGUCCCAGUCACCCCCUCCCCCCACACACUUGUCUGUAGCAGCUCCAUGCCCACGACCCUACAAGACCCUCGCAGGGGCGGAUCCCAGUGGAGGCAACAGGCCAAGAGAAGCGCAGUGCCAGGGAAGAGGCACAUGGCCAACUUGAGGCAAAUGUUCCCACCGUGACCCCGGAGACCUGAGAGGGAGUCUCUGACCCCUCCAAGGAAAGACCAUCUGGGGAGAUGGGGCAGAGGGCAGGACCUGGAGGCACCAAGGGAAGGCUGCUCAACAGAGCCCAGGCCUCAAGCGGCAGCCUGCCCAUUCCCACACUGCCCGCCAGCAGGAAGGGGCCCCAUGUGGCCCCUAAGAGGAAGAGGCCCUGUGUCCUGGUAUGUGUCGGACACCACUUCAUGUGCACCCACACACAAACACAAGUUCACCAAAGUCCCCUCUCAGAGGACAGGACACCAGACCCCUCCCCUGUACCCUGUCCAGCCACCAGAGCACACCCACCCACCAUGGGACUGUGCUCAAGACGACGCACACAGAGUGGAUGAUGUUUGUCCCAGGGGAGGCAGAAUCUCCAAUAGAAGGCUGAGCACUGC